AUGUCUACUACAGGUGCACAAAAACGUGCUUUACCUGUAAUCCUAUCAUAUACUGAUGAUGAUGUACAGGAUGAUGGGGAUGAUGUGGGUCCCAUUAGUGGGGAUAACACCCCUACACAGGGCAGGAAAUUCCGGGAAGAAUCUCCAGCAGUAGACGUCUCAGUCUCUCGCCUCUCUAAGACGGUGGUGCUCCCAGCUCCAGGCUCCUUUACGGUGAAUGGCUUUUCGGAGGUGAGUUGGACGCAUGGAUCUCCAAAGCUACUGCUGGGAAAUCCACAUUUCUCCCUUCAGGGGCUCCACCUGCUAGGCGUGCCUACCCAGGACCAUCUACUCAGUCCUUUCGGUCCUCCAGAUUUCAAUAUAGAGCCAGGGGUGCCUCCAAUGCAGCUAGAGGCUCUAGAGAACUGUAAGUUCAUUAGGGUGCUUAUGAAAAAGAUGAACUGCCUUUCCUGGUUCCUAUUGCUGGCUUUCCUCUGCUGCCAGAAGGUGACAUGUCAAAGUGGAGAUGCAGAAGGCAAUUGCCAACGAAUUAUAAAUAUUUUCCCUGCUAAACUCAAAGAUCUGAGAACCACUUUUCAGAAUGUCAGGGACUAUUUUCAAAUGAAAGAUAAUGCUCUGGAAACAAUUUUACUUGAAAAGGACUUGUUACAAGAUUUUAAGAGUUCAAUUGGAUGCCAGACUGUAUCGGAAAUGAUUCGGUUUUACUUGGAGGAUGUUUUACCACAUGCCAAAGGAGACAACAAUGCCAUCAAAAUAAAUGUCCAUUUCAUGAAGGACAAGUUGAUGGACCUGAAACAGACAUUGAAACGUUGUCAACAUUUUCUUCCAUGUGAAAGAAAAAGCAAGGCCAUCAAACAGAUCAAAGAAACGUAUAAUAAGCUAAAGGAUCAAGGAAUCUACAAAGCUGUUGGAGAAUUUGACAUCUUUAUGGAUUACAUUGAGGAAUAUCUGAUGACCAGGAAGAAAUAG